UCAGCAUCGACCAUGGACAAGCUGCGUGCUCUUAUCGUCACUUCUCUUGUCUUUGGACUGCCAUUUCUUGGAACAACAGUGGCAGCUUUGAGGGGCCAUGAUGGAUUAGAGGAAUGGGGAUAUGUUGAAGUCAGAUCCAAUGCACUCAAUUGUUCUUUGGAUUGUUACCACAGAAGCCCACAUGUUCUGGUGGCUUUACAAAAGUCCUUACCGAGUAGAAAAUCCAUCCAAGCCAUGGCCAAUCAUUCUCUGGUUGCAGGGAGGACCUGGCGCUUCAGGAAUUGGCUACGGAAACUUUGAAGAGGUUGGACCUCUAGACGUCAAGUUGAAGCCAAGAAAUUCCACAUGGUUGCGAAAAGCAGAUCUCCUGUUUGUGGAUAAUCCAGUUGGAACUGGGUACAGUUACGUGGAGCAUAACGAACUCCUCGUGAAAACAGAUGAGGAAGCAGCCACUGACUUGACUACUUUGCUGAUUGAUAUUUUCAACAAGAAUGAAAGCCUCCAAAAGAGUCCUCUCUACAUUGUGGGAGAGUCUUGCGGUGGAAAGUUUGCAGUUACCCUUGGAUUAUUUGCUCUUAAAGCCAUUGAAGCGGGCAAAUUGUUUGUCAAGCUUGGAGGUGUGGCAUUAGGGAAUAGCUGGAUCUCACCUGAAGAUUUCGUGUUCUCAUGGGGUCCCCUGCUCAAAGACGUCUCACGACUUGACGAAAACGGGCUUCGAAGAUCCAACAGUAUAGCUCAGAAGAUCAAGAAGCAACUCCAGGAUGGCCUUUUUGUUAAUGCAACUGAUUCAUGGCGCGAACUUGAGACCGAGAUUUUUAAUAGCAGCAACAGUGUGGAUAUUUACAAUUUUCUGUUAGAUUCUUGGGAGGAUGAGUCAGCAUCUUUAUCACCAGCGGGGAUAAGCUCAGCCAAAGGAACCCGACACAGACGCUACUCCAAAUAUUUGUCUUCAUUAAGUGGCGGGGAUAAAGAGAUUGUGAAGUUGUUGAAUGGAGAGAUCAAGGAAAAGCUGGGGAUUAUCCCGAAUAAUGUUAUAUGGCAAUUUCAGUCAGAUGCUGUGUUUGAUAGUUUUGAGGUUGAUUUCAUGAAACCAAGAAUUGCCGAGGUGGACGAGCUGCUCGCGAAGGGAGUGAACGUGAAUGUGUACAAUGGACAACUUGAUGUCAUUUGUGCAACCAAGGGAGUUGAAGCCUGGCUCAGGAAGCUCAAGUGGGAAGGGCUUCCAAAUUUCUUGGGGAAAGAAAGAACACCACUCUACUGUGGAAGUGACAAAAAGACCAAAGGUUUCGUCAAGUCAUACAAAAACCUUCGUUUCUAUUUGAUUCUUGGUGCCGGCCAUAUGGUACCUAGCGAUCAGCCUUGCACGGCCUUAAUCAUGGCCGGUGCUGUCACGGAUUCACCAGCUGCUUCCAGCUAAAAGAGAACCAAAUCGGCUACUCUGUCUCUCUCUACACAUAUAUAUAUAUACUUGCCAGCAAGGAACUAACAGAGAACAUCAAUACAGUCACGAAGCUGCAGGAAAUUAAACAUGAUUUAAGCUCCAUUUCCACGUCUUUCUGGGUCUCUUGAAUAAGCAUACAAAUAUAUACAUAUAUAUAUAUAUAUAUAUUGAUGAGAUAGAUUUAAACUGCCUUUGUUUUAAAAAAUAUAUUUUAUGUUGUGUGUCUCCUUGAAGAACAUAUAGUAAUUGGAGGCUAUCCUGAAUUCAUACAAAGCAAUGGAUUCUAAGAUGCUGUAUGUUGAAGAGAUGGGACGUUCUUACCACCGU